CUGCAGACAUAUGAAUCAGAGUGCAGCUACAGCAGUGAGGAGAUGGAGCAGUUUCAGACUGAGGUGAAGCAGCUGCAGACGCAGAUGAAACAGCUCAAGGUGAUGCUGAAGGACAUGGAACACAGCAAGAAAACCCUCGAGGAGGAGUUGCAGAAGACCUCAGAGAAAGCCUGUCUGACUGUCGAGGAGAACACUCGCCUGAAGAGUCGUCUGCAGGCGUCUGAGGCGGUGCAUCGGCAGGCCGGCAGUGCUGAGCAGGACUAUGAAGAAGUCAUCCAGCUGCUGGAGGCUGAGAUCAGAGACCUGAAGAGCCAGCUGGCCACCAAGAAGCAAAGACGGGGAGCAGAGUCCAUGCAGGAGGAGGUGGGCGAGCUGAAGAGGAGGCUGACGACUAUCGACUGCCAGCUGAAGAAGUCCGAGCUGAGCAGGAAAACUCUGGAGAUCUCCAACAAGAAACUGCUAGGCUUUGCUCAGAACGUCCACAAAGUGCUGACCACGCCCAGCCUAUUUGGAGAAGGGGGGAGUAACAGGUCAUCUCCUGCCACGGAAAGCCCCGACAUCCCAUCACCAAUUCCUGACCCAGCCUUCCAGCUGGCUGUGGAAGCCAAAGAGCUGGUGGAGGGGGUGUGUACGCUCACAACUGAUAAAGAACCGGUGAGUGCAGAUGCAGCAUCAGCUCUAGAUGUCAGUCCUCAUCAUGUGUGAACAGCACCAAGCCAAAGAGGACUGAGUCCAGACCUGGGCCGGGCAGAAGACCCCCAACGAGCAGCUGACCUCGCCAUGCACUUCACCACAGUCCGCAGCAAACACACCAUUCUACGACAGGACACGACGACAGCGACAGUUAAACCCUCACUGGGACAGACUGACCACGUUUUAAUGCCAAAGCCUGUUUGUGCACAUGAAAUUAGUGUAUUCCCUCCAAUUACUCCAAAUGCUCCUCACAGGGCUCAGCAGUGGGAUCUGCUGAUUCAGUCUCAUCCUGUCAGCAGCACAUCACAUGUACAGAGGUCUCUGUGAGAAGUGCUGCUGCAGUUCUCUAGUGUGUUACUCUUACAGCAGGUGGUACAGGUGGAGCUGCAUGACCAAGUCCUCCACACACUCCCACAGUGUCACUGCUGUAAACCUUGUUAAUACUCUUGCCAACCUCUUUUCUAUCCUCACAAACACAAACUCAUCUCCACUCCGUAAAAGGAGGACUCGUUACUUGGAAAGCUGAUGUGUACAGCGUGUCCCCCUGUGUCAGAAACUCCAUGACAAGUUAGCUCGUCUGCUCUAACACAACAUCUGCCAUGCUUCCUUCCCUCGCGCCCUUACUCACACUGUCAUGGAAGACAAGAAAUGAAGGUUUGAAGGUGCAGCGUGGAUCAUCUUCAUCUCAUUGCCUGGUUCAUGUUGAUGUGUCUCCUGCGUUCAGGAGUAGUGUACCUGUUGCCGUAGCUCCAGCUGUGUAAAACUGUGUUUGGUAUUCUGUGUAGGCAGACCUCAGUCUUAGGCUACAUGUUGAACAUAGAUUUGAUUUCUACAGACAUCUACAACUGCAGUGACAAUAAUGACAUGUCCUUCAACCAGAUUGCAUCUUUGGUGUGGCCUCAUUCUUUCUGUUACUGUUUUAUAUUAAAGGAAUAACUGAU